AAACGGAAGCGAGAGAAACGAUAGCUAGGCGUUAAUAUGGUAAAAUUACAUAUAAAACGUGGCGAUGAAAGCCAAUUCCUGUACGAAACAACGUGUAGUAUAGAAAUAAAUGAAUUAAUUCCAGAACUUGUUCGUAUCUACAAUGGUAGACUCAAAAUAGAAAGGCUGAAUUAUGAAAUAGAAGAGUUAGCCAAACAUGGUAUCUCAUUGCCUCCCAACAUGCAAGGUCUUACAGAGGAACAGAUAUCAGACUUACGACUUAGGGACGACUGGGAAGAUAAAUGCUCACCUAGUGGAGGCUAUGUGGAAACUAAAGACCCCUUGACUAAGAGAAAUGGAAGAGCUCCUAACGAGAAAAUGUCUGAAGUAUUAAAUCGCACAAGGCAAGAAUCAAUGGCAAUAGUUUCAAAGGAUAAUGUGAAAGCAGAUGUUUGUCUUACAAUGGAUAAAGUCCAGGCUGCGAUAGAUCAAAUGAGAGGUGCUGUAAUGAUAGUAUACCCCAUGGGAUUACCACCUCACGACCCAAUCAGACUGGAGUUUGAUCUUCAGGAAGAUUUGUCUGGAACACAGGCGUCACUUCAAGUGUUAGAAGAAGAUACAGCACAGCUUUGGUGGGCUGGCAAAGAAAUGCAGCGUGGAAAGAAGUUACAAGAUUUUAUUGGGAAAAAUGAGAAAACUAAAUUAAUAGCUAAACUGCAAAAGAAAGGACAAGGUGCUCCAUCAAGAGAGCAAGCUUUCAAUGAAGAUCAGAAGAAGCAAAUGAUGGCACAUGCUUACCGCAAGCAAGAGGAAUUAAAGAAAUUAGAAAGUAGUGAAGAUGAUCAUUAUCUCAACUCAUCGUGGGCUGAUCCUAACUCAUUAAAGAGACAAUUCCAAGGGGUACGUGAUAUAAAGUGGAGACCAUAACAUUAUCCUUAAAACUAAAUGUAAACAUACAAACCUCUAGAUGAAUAUCUGAUAACCCUUAACAACACAACAAUCAACAAAGUAGAUAUCAGAUCAAUCACUAAACAAGAUGAGUCCUGUAUCGAUUUCUUAUCAUUCUUCAUCUUGUUCUUACAAAAGUAGAACAUGAUUUGAUAUAUUGCUAACCAAUGCUAUUAGUCAUUAAGGAUGUAAUCUUUGAAUUUUUUAACACUUGCUGUAUAAAAAAUAGUAAUUUAGGUAUGUAGGCUUGCUUUUUGUGUAAAUAAAACAAUACUUAUUGCACUUAAAAUAGGAGAGUAGAGGAAAAUAUAUUAAUAUCUAGUAAACAGCCAGUUUUGGUUCAGGAAACCUUGGAGUUUUUUUACAAAUACAUUAAUGACAAAUCUGUUGAAUGUUUUUUUUUUAUUUUCUACAAAAGAUAAGAGCAUAUUGUAAUGACUAUUAUUACAAUAUAUAUACAUGUUAAACUCCCUUAGUUUUAACAGUUCAACUGUUAAUUAAUGGGCUAUAUUAUAUGUUGCUACCCAUAACCUAAGACACUGCAUACUACAUGUAUUCAAUCAUAUAAGAAGAUUUUCCAAAACCCCUGUAUAUCUUGAUCAUAAACAUUGAUUGAUGAGAACAAUUGUGCUAAUUACUAAGCGUGGUAACUAGCCUUGAGAUUUCAUGUGUAGAUGUAUACAUUCAGAUGACUUGACCUGGCUAAAUUGUAGUAUAGUUAAUAUAUUAAAAGAUCUGUAGUGGUCAAUUCAUGAAUGACUGCAUGAAUGAAGAGAAAAAAUCUUAUCAUUGUGCAAUAAUUAAUUUGUAAAAUAUUCAAUAAUACUGUAAGUCAAUUUAUACUUGUAACCAGUUCCUGCUGAUAAAUUAUAAAACUACAUAAAACAAUAAAACAUCUUAUAUAAAUGUAGAAUAAUAAAAAUCUAAGUUUGAUAUUAGCUGGUUAAGACAUUACUGUAAUAUUUAAGAGGUUGAAAAUUGCAAUGAACCAGGAUAUUGUUUGUUGUCCCUGCAUUAAAAUCAUGCAUCCAUUGUAA